AUGCAACAACUUGACGAAGGAAUUGACGAAGAAAUCAACAGCAAUUAUCAACAAACAGAAAUAUCCAACUCGGAAUUGAAUGAAAAUUCCAAUUCACCACAAUUAUCUAUCAAGAUUAUCACAUUCGGAGUAUUGCAUGGUAAAAUUCCAAAGAAUAGUUAUGAUGUCUUGUACAAUUUACAAGAACUUCCAAAUCCUCUGACUGCACAAGCUAGAAAGAAGAUGACUGGACUUUCAAAAGAGUUGAGAGAGGAUUUCAUUUCCAAUACAAUGGUUAAAUCUCAUUUUGAAACAUCGUAUAGAGAAAUUGUUGGAAAGUUGAAUGAAAAAUUAAAAGAAUUGAGAAAUAUUGCUGUAGAAUUGGAGGAUAAACCAGAGGAAGAGAAGGAAACCAAAGAAGAUGAGGAAGAAAGUGAAGAAAAUGAGGAAGACGAAGAUGAUGAGGAAGAAAUUGAAGAUGAAGACGAAGAAGAAGAUGAAGAGGAUGAUGAGGAAGAAGAUACUGAUGAAAAUACCUUUGUUAUUGCUGUAUGUUGUCACAAGGGAAAGCACAGAUCUGUUUCAUUUGCAGAAAUUCUCAAAGAAAAGCUCACCUCAGAUUCAACACUUCGUUCCUCAAUUAGUUCCCUAAAUGUUGUCCACAGGGAUGUUCAUAAGAAGGGUGCUUCCAACAAUAACUCACGAGGCUCCCACAAGAGCAAAUUCUUCAAUGACUACUAA